UCAAUUAUGGAGGUGAACAAACUGCGAAUACUUUGCCAGAGAAGAUCACUGAAUUUGCCUAUUUGCGUCCAUCGUCUUGUGAAAAAAACUCAUUAUCUAUGAGCCAACGCUAUGCAUUCCUUUGCUGCUCCAGAAAUUAUGGCGAAAAGAAUUAAAAGCCUCGCGCAAACAAGAAUAACAACAUGCCGGCGAGCAGAAGAGAGAGCACAAGCAAUGCUGUCAAACAUUUGAAUUAAAGUUCCUCUCUUUGCAACAUUUAUAAAAGUAUGUACAUAUUUGUGGGGUCAAUGAUAAAGCGAAUUCAGUAUGCGGCGAACAGCUAACGCGGCGACUUGCCUAAAAGCUCUCUGCUAUUAAAGCUGCGCAGCGCCGUUUAAAACGAAAGCAACAACUACAAGCAAGAGAGAGAAAAAGAGAUCGGAUAAUACGCGACGGCAACAAGCGAAAUGACGCAGCUUAAAGUGCACGCUAGUAAUUCUGUUAUAAAAUGUUUGCAAGCAACAACAAAACAUGUCAGCGCCGUAACAGUAUCGCAGCAAUGGCAGCAGCGUCACUACGGCGGAGUGCCGUCAGCGAAGCCGUUUCAAGAGAUGCCGACUACCAGCGUGCUGAAAACAUUGUGGAACUUUAUGCCUGGCGGCAAAUACAGUGGAGCCGAUCUCAAUGAUAUAACUAGGGACUUACUAAAGGAGAGUGGCGGUAAUAUUAUAAAGAUCAAAAGCUUUUUGGGCAAACCGCCGAUAGUUGUAACAGAAAACCCAGAUGACUUCGAAACGGUUUUCCGACACGAUGGGGUUUGGCCCAAUCGUAAGGGUUUCGAGCUCUUAAACUAUUAUCGCAAUGUUCACCGUCGUGACUAUUUUGGACCAGAGUCGGGUCUACUUACGACCCAAGACGAGGCGUGGGGAAAUUUGCGUUCGGCUGUAAAUCCCAUUAUAAUACAUCCCAAGAAUGUCAAAAAGUAUUUGAACUCAUUGGAUCGCAUUAAUCAGGAAUUUAUAGAACGCAUUAAAACAAUCCGUGAUGCUGAAACUUUGGAGGUCCCCGCAAACUUCAAGGAUGAAAUUAGCGCCUGGACUCUGGAAUCUGUGGGUCAAAUAGCCCUGGAUUGCAAGUUGGGGGUUAUCGACAAUACCAAUCCUGUAGGCAGACACUUCUUUCACCAAUUGCAGCGUUUCUUUGAACUCUCCGUUGAUCUGGAAAUAAAGCCCUCACUCUGGCGCCAGCUCAAGUUCAGUUCCCCCAAAUUGCGUGAAGCUCUCAGCGUGUUAGAUGAGUCGCUUGUCCUAACUGAUAAACUAGUGCAGGACGCCAUGGAACGCAUCGAGAACUCCACAACGGCCAAGAGCCAAGAAGAGAAAAGUGUUUUGGAAAAGCUGCUAGCCAUAAAUCGAAAAUAUGCUGUUAUUAUUGCGCUGGACAUGCUCUUCGCUGGCGUGGAUACGACAACCAGCACUUUUUCGGCCAUUCUGCUAGCCCUCGCCCAGCAUCCCGAUAAGCAGGCCAAACUGCGAGCUGAAAUUCUUGGCAUCUUGCCAGAGAAAAGCACGCCCCUCACAGUCGAUUUGAUGAGGAACUUGCCCUAUCUGCGUGCCUGCAUCAAGGAGGCCCUACGCUUCUAUCCACUCAUCUCGGGCAACAUACGCAAAACCAACCAGGAGCUGGUGCUCAGCGGUUACCACGUGCCGGCGGGCUGCGAGGUAGCCAUGAUCCAUUUGAACCUUUGGCGCGACGGUAAACAUUUCUCGCAGCCCGGCGAAUUCGUGCCGGAGCGCUGGCUGCGUGAAAAGCAACAAGGCUCCAGCUCUGACUCCGGCUGCCCGGUGGCCACCAAGCCGAGUCAUCCCUUUGCCUAUUUGCCGUUUGGCUUUGGCGUGCGCAGUUGCAUCGGUCGUCGCAUAGCCGAAAUGGAGCUGGAAAUUGGGGUCGCUCGUUUGCUUAGGAACUUCCAAGUGGAGUUCCACCAUCCGGCGGAAAAGCCCUUCAUUGCCUACCAGCUGGCUACGCCACGCAUUCCGUUGCAGUUCAAGUUUAUUGAUUUGAAGGAUUGAAUCUGCCCCAGCUCUGGAAAUCGAUAUAUACCUAACGUUUGAGAAUGUUCACUAUUUCUCUUAAUUAAUUUAAAUGUGCUUAGGAUGUAUUUUAGAUUAACUUUCAAAGAAACAUGAGAGCCACAGAAAAUGUU